AUGCAGCAAUCGAGUCAUGCUAUGAACAACAAGAACUGCAAAAGCGGUACCGGCGCUGGCAGCAGCAGCAGCUGCAAUAGCGGCGGCGGCAGUGGCAUGCUGGGGUCAGAUAUGGCGGGUGUUGGGAAGGUGACUGGGGGAGCAAGCGAGGGGCAGCGGACGGGUUUUGCGGCGGACGGCGCCGACAGCGAGGACGUGUGCUGGCUAUGUCUGAGUGCCGAGGAGGAAGGUCUGGGUCCGCUUGUGGCCCCGUGCAGGCCGACAGGCUCCGCAGCGCCACCUCCACCCGCUGCGGAGGCCCCGCCGGCUUACAUGAGGAUCAGCUACAACGGCCGCAGCCACAAGAUCCGUGUACGACCUGGACCUGAGGGCACCCGACAGUUCAUAGAGGACUGCAGGCAGCUGCUCAACAUACCCCCUCAUAUGGAGUUCGAUGUCGUGUUCCAUUGCAAGGAGCCCGCCACCCAGUCCGACCUGCGGUUCAGAGGGUUGGAUGCCUUCGACGCGGCGGUAUACUGCGCCAGCUUGGCAAACCAUGCCGCGCUACAGCAGCAGCAGCAACAUCAACAUGGGUUACAACAUGAGCCGCCGCAGCCGCAGCAGCAGCAGCACCUUCUGACGCAGCCGCCGACUACACCCUGCCCGCUGCCGCCGCCGCCCCCGCCGCCGCCGCGGGCGCUCGUCCGGGCCACGAGCGAGGUGGCGGAUGAACUGGCGCGCAUGGCGGCAGAGGCGGCAGUCGCCGCCUCGUCCGCCGCUGCCGCCGCGGCGGAAGCCAAUGCCGCUGCGGCCGCCUUGGCUGAAAACGUGGUCCUGUACACCGAUUACCUGGACACCCCCCUCAAUGAACCUCAGCAGCAGCAGCAGCAGCAGCCGUUGCAGUACAUACGUCAGCAGCUCCAUGUGCUACAGCCGCAGCCCCAGCUGCAAGACGGACAUGGCGGCUGGCAGCCUCAGCCUCCCUCGCCAGAAGCGACAGCAAGCAUGGGGCCCGGGCUGCGCACUAGCAGCAACAACAACGGCGGCAGCAGCAGCAGCAGCAGCAACCGCAACAAUGAGGGUACAUCGCGUUCUCGGACCCGCAGCCUCAGCGUCAGCUACAGCCACGGUCGCAGCCGGCGGCAGCGGCGGGCCGACGGGCUGUCGUCCAACACGCUUCAAGUGCCCCGGCCGGCGGCCUCCGGUAGCGACCCCACACCGGCAGUCUUCGGGUCGUACGACGUCGGUAGUGACGUCACCAUUGGACUCGUCAGCAGCGGCGGCAAUGUCGGCGCCUUGGGAACCAACAAUACCUUUGUCGGCCCCAUGCACCCCGUCGGCGACGACAACGCCCUGGGCGAGAGCAGCACUGUCGGCAGCGGCAGCGGCAACAGUGGCAGCAUGGGCUCGUUGGCUAGUGGGCUCGCGGCCGCGUCACCCGCCCUUUCACUGUCGAUGAUUGCAGAGUCGGGAGCUGGACAUCAGCUCAUACAUGCUCGCUAUUCAGACAAGCCUAGUAAGGUCGGGAGAAAGUCAGACGAUGUCUCCGAGGCCCAAGGCGUCGCGUCCUGGGUCGAGGAGUACCUCAUGGUCGACCAGCGAGACACAACCGCUCAAGGAGCCGCAGCCGCCUCACCGCCGCGUGAAGCGCCACUGCCGCUUGGUGCCGAGCUGGACGACGUCCCGCUUCGGGAUUUGCAGACUGUGUCCCGCGGGUGGGGUAGCCGGGGGCGCCUACGCAGCAGUGCCACCGCCCGGCCCCCUAUGCCCCCCACCCGAGCCAGCAAGGGUGUUGCUGCAUCUAGGCUGGACUCGCUGGGGGUCCCGCUUGAAGCAGACGAAGUGGAGCUCAUAGAUGAUAUUCGUGGCGGGCCGCGCAUCAGCGCCUCUGGCGGCAUCAAUGAAGGUGGUGGCGGCGGCAGCAGCAGCGGCGGCGGCUCGGCCUCCCACGCCGCUCAGGCCGCACUGCGCGUAUCGGGUACGGUGGUCAACGCGAUGGUGGUGGGGCUCAGCCCCUGGCGUUGGUUUGGCAACGGCAACAGCAGCCCCAUCGGAAUGGCACCAGAUCAAGGGCCGGGACCAGGGCAAUUUACGGAGCUCGAUCGCGGCCUCAAGGAGACGGGGGAGGUGGUGGUGAGCGCCGGUGGCGGCGAGCAACCCGUCGCGGCGCAUGUGGACCGUACUGUGGCUUCCCCCUCGGCGGCGCCAUCGUUGGAGGCCGUCCACGCAGUCCGCGACGUCCUGGUCUGGCGAAAUCCCUGGCGCACGAGCCGCGUCUUCGGAGCGGGACUCUACAUGGCCGUAUGUGUGCGGCAGCUGACGAAAGGUCACGAGCUGCUGCAGCCCUCCACAGCGGUGUUCGCGUUGUGCUUCCUUUUGCUGCUGCGCAAUGUGGUGCGGGAGGCGGUGAGCACAUACCGUCGGACCCAACAGCAGCAGCAGCAGCAGCAGCACGAUCAGCAUCGGCAGGCGCUGGAGGACCGCGAUGCGGACGAGUGCUCGCCAAGCCAGGCGCUAGACCAGGAAGAAGUGGAAAGGCGGAAGGCGGCCAUGUUGCUGCACCAGCGGCUAGAGGCCGCGUUCCAGCGGGCAGCAGUGGGGGCGGCACGGUAUGGUGCCGCCCUGCUGGUGCUGGGCUGGGCCUUACUGAGCGGCCGCCGUGCCAUCACGUCUGCACUGGUGGCGGCGCUGCUAUGGCUGGGCAUGGUGCUAGGGGAGCUCAGGCUCAUAUCGCAGCCCACGUUCUGGCUGCUCUGCUACGUGGCCGCGUUCACCAUCCCAGCGGCCUACUACCGCUGCCGCCACGCUAUGGACGCGGGCGUGGAGGCGGCGCUGCGCUUCGUGGUGCGGGUGCUGGUCAGCGGCACUCGUGUUGCGUUAGUCAGCGCCGCCGGCGUGGCGGUGGUGCUGGUGGUGGUGUUGCCGCUCAAUUUUGUGCUGCGGAUGAGCCUAGCAACAGGGGCGGCGUUCGCGGUGUUGCUUUGGCAGUCGGAGCUGGGGUUGCGGCAGCGAUUGCGCAGCGGCGGGGGGACCUGGUCGGGUGGUGCGAGGGUCAUUGGGCAGGUUCAGGGGCAGCUGCCUGGAGGGGGGAGUUCGGGCGGUCAGCUUUUGAGAGGGGGUUUGCACGGGCAAGUACAUGCUGAUUAG